AUGCUUGAGGAGCUCGUUAACCAGCACAAUAUCAACUUGGAGUUCUGGCAGCUCCCUUUAUCUUUUUUUGAGCGCAGUCAAUACGGUCUGGACCUGGAGCAAGUUUUCUGUGUACCAUACACCGAGUCUCGCACUGGCUCUUGCAUAGAGAUAUCUUACACGAUCAGAUACCCCGAGUACAAGGCAAAGGUCAGAGAGUGGACGAUCCGCCAAACCGGCCUGUACCAUAAAUAUGAUUCCGCUACAUCGCAAAGCACGUUCAUAUUGAUCAACCCGACUCCCCGGUCAAAGGCAUUCCUCAAAGCGGUUGAACUUCUACAAAAUGCAAGCUCCGAAAAAUUGACAAAUCCUUUCUGGCUUCACUCGGUCUUGUUCUCAACUUAUUUGCCGGCAUGGAGAGAACGCAUGUUGGAACUUGAACGCCAAUUCCUACCUCUAGCCAAAACGACAUAUGCCGCAUUCAUUGACGAACCUUUGAGCUUGAAAUACAAUACCCUCAACGUACUGACCAAACUUGAAGGCGAUUUUCUUCAAAUGCCAACUAUACUGGCGGGCGCGAUAGAUGUGCUCGAUGAGCUCUCUGCACUCAUCGGCUCAAUAGACAAGUCACCAAGCGCACAAUCCGAGCUACAAAUUCUGAAGAAUCAUCGUCGAAAAUGUUGUACCCACUCUCGGACCUCCAUGGAUCUACAGCAGCGAGUACAAUCCGUCGCCCGACUUUUGGCAGAUACACUCCUGCUUCGCGACCAAGUUGUCACGACCGAGCAGAAUGAGCAGAUUUACCAAUUGAACAAGUCGGCAGUCUUCAUCACCAGACUAUCCUUAUUAUAUCUUCCGCCAUCAUUCAUUGCAACCAUGUUUGGCAUGAAUUUCUUCGCAAUGGACCAAGUCAAUUCCUCCAUUGUCGGGACAUCUAUGAUAUGGAUAUUUUUCGUUGCCUCGGUCGGGCUGACUGCCCUCACGUUCCUCAUCUACUACUUGCUGGGGCACCGCAAUAGCGUUGCACUACCCAGACUUACGGAUAGAGGACAGACGGCUCCGCAACGGAAUUUUCAGGCUAUGAUGCGACGAUUUACAGGACCAAGCACUGUUGAUACGGAACUCCAGAACCUUCACGCUUGA